AUGAUCGUGCUGCUCAACGCGCUGCUCGUCUUGUGCUCGAUCCACCCUCUCGUAAGCGGGGUGGGUUUUCGUGGGUUCACCUACCGCGGUCUGGAUGAACCGGAGCCGAUAGGACUCAACGUGGAGGACGUGAUCGAGGGUUGGAUCAUUCAACCGCUCGAUCAUUUCAACCCCCGUGAAAAUCGCACCUGGUUGAUGCGUUACUACGAGAACUCCGCGUUGCUGAGAGCAAACGGGCCCAUCCUGAUCACGAUCGGCGGAGAAUGGGCGAUAUCGACCGGAUUUCUGCAGGGUGGACUGAUGUACGAGAUCGCGUCCACUCACGGUGGCAUGAUGUAUUACACGGAGCAUCGCUUUUACGGGAAGAGCAGGCCGACAAAGGACAUCAGCGCGGAUAGUCUGCGAUUCUUGAGCGUCGAUCAAGCGCUCGCUGAUCUCGCAUAUUUUAUCGAGACGAAGAAAAAGGAGAAGAAUUUGGAAAACAGUCCGGUGAUAGUGUUCGGUGGUUCCUACGCUGGCAAUAUGGCAACGUGGGCACGGCUCAAGUACCCUCAUCUCAUUCAGGGUGCCUUAGCUAGCAGCGCACCGGUUAACGCGAAAGCUGAUUUCUAUGAGUAUUACGAAGUUGUGACGAGAUCGCUCGGCAGACACAGUACGCAAUGUGUGGCGGACGUCAAGAGCGCGUUCGACUCGGUGGAGGAACUGCUGGCCGCGCCAGGCGGCCCCGAGAAACUCAAAGUUUAUUUCAACUUGUGCAAAAUGCCGGAUGUGAAGUCUCCCAGCGAUCUCGGUUAUCUGAUGAAUUCGCUAGCAGAGGUGUUCGCUGGAAUCGUCCAAUAUGACAAAGUCGAAGAUGGUCGCACGAAGAUCGCGGUAUUGUGCGAUAAUAUGACAGCGACGCAUCUCGGCAGCCCUCUGCAGAGACUUGCGCGUCUCGUCGUGAACUCGGACGGUUGCCUCGAUAUGAAUUACGAGAAUUUCAUAGCGAAAUACCGUGAAAUCUCGUGGGACGCGCCGGCGGCAGCCACUGUCAUGAGACAGUGGUGUCAUCAGACCUGUACGGAGUACGGUUAUUAUCAAACGACGAAUUCGGAUAAGUCGAUCUUCGGAACCCUUUUCCCGCUGAGUUACUUCACCGACAUGUGUAUCGAUCUAUAUGGCGAUUAUUACAACGGAAAGUUACUGGAUUCACGAGUCAGGAGGACGAACAUAAUGUAUGGAGGGCAGCGGCCGGAUCUAACGAACGUGAUUUUCACGAACGGCGAUAUCGACCCGUGGCAUGCUUUGUCAGUAUUAGAGGACCUUAAUGCUUACUCUCCGGCUAUUCUUAUCAACGGAUCUUCGCAUUGUCGCGAUCUCUAUAGCGACACAGCCACGGACGUGGAGGACUUGAAGAAAGCCAGAGCGAAGGUUCGCGGCAUAAUCGGUAAAUGGCUCUCCUCGUGA